UCUCAGUCAAGAAUUAAAUAUAUCUAAUUAUUUUCAAGUAAAAUACCCCUUUAAUAGCAUAGUACCAAAUUUUAUUCAUAAUUAUUUUGAUUUUUGGUUGAUAAUAGUUAAAAAUAAGGUAAAAGUACAGCUUAAUUGGGUAUUGAUUUCACAGUCGCUGAUUACUACUACUACAGUGAUUACUAUGCCAUUAUUGCUAUUGAGCUCAACUUUAUAUUAUAAGCCCAUUCGAAAAAAUACCUUCGAACCUUCACAAUGCGAAAAGUGUUUUAUGCUCUUAUUAUAUUGGAAUUGCUAUCGUUAAACGUUUCUCAUGUGACUUUUACCAACUUAAAAUGUGGCACCUACAAUCGGAAAGUGGCUGAGUUUCAAAAGUGCUAUAUCAAGGCAGUGAACCGAACCCACAAGUAUGUCGACGUUUAUAUGAAAGUUAAUCAAAUUCCCCUUGAUAAUAUAACAGUAAGUAAAGAAAAUAUCGACUUAGCGGAUCAAUCCAAGUCUAUUUUUCAGUUGAAUCUUAAGGUUAUGCGUUACGAUCAGGGAUACAAGCCAUUUUUUAUAGACAUAACCUUCGAUGGCUGCCAGUUCCUUAAGAGCCAAAAAAAUCCGAUAAUCAAAUUUUUUUACGAAGUAUACAAGGACAAUUCAAACAUAAACCAUACUUGUCCCAUCAAUCAUGAUAUUAUCGUGGAUCAUGUAUGGACCGGAAACAUUGAAGCGGGAAUUUCCAAGUAUGUUCCGGUCAUUAACGGUGAUUAUUCCAUUGAAACUAUUUUUUACUCAAAUAAGAGACGCUUUGGGUUUGUAAACGCAUACGUACGGCUUUCUGGAAGGCCAAAGGAUAUUUGAUGUAGAAAUUUUACAGUUUUGUUUAUA